UUCCUGUGUUGUGCAAGUGGGACGCAGUUAGUGGAGUCCAAAACAAAAGAGCAUCGCAAAUAUAGAUAAGGAGUAUUACAAGGCCAGGAAGUAAUCGGAGUGAUACCCGUAUUAUUCCCCACAUUUUAGGGGAACAAAGGAACACCACCAAACGCACACUCACACACCCAUAAACGCACACGCAUUUCACCGAGAGCGAGCGAGACGGGACAAGACUAGAAGUGUGAGUGAAAGGGAGCGAGGCAGCACAAUGGGACGCAUAUUUCUGGAACACCUCGGUGGCCUCAAACUCUUCAAUUGCGCCCAGUGCCACACAAACCUGACCAACCGCAGUCAAUUGAUCAGCACCAGAUUCACAGGCGCUACAGGACGAGCCUAUUUGUUUAAGCGUGUGGUCAACCUGACCUUUAGUAACAUUCAGGAACGAGUCAUGCUCACUGGACGCCACAUGGUCCGCGACGUCAUGUGCAAGAACUGCGGUGCCAAAUUGGGAUGGAUGUACGAAUUCGCCACCGAGGAAUCACAAAAGUAUAAGGAGGGACGUGUGAUUCUGGAGUACGCCCUGAUCAACGAGGCAGAAGGCUUUCCAUCGGAGGCACCCACUACGAGUCAUUGAGCCGAUUGAUUAUCCAAACGGAAGACAAGAACCACGCAUUGGCAAACCGUGUGUAGCCCUAAGUAUUGAGUAGAAGGCCACAGGCGAUGGCCUCUAUGCAUUAGACCUAGUUUAGAGAUCGCCGUAGUCAGCUCCGAGCUUUGGAACAUCCGAAUACCGGUUGCAAAUCCGGCACGGAGCAAUAACGCCUACGGCCCUGUCUUAACGUGACUUAAACGUAGUUGUAGGCACACCUAGCACGUAAGCAGCUGCGGCGCCCAAUUCUACCAUUAACAUGUCAUGAGGCUGAAGUGCUAAAAAGAGAUAGGUUAUUCAGUUCGAACUGAUCCGCAACUAAUGAUCCACACUUGUGUCUUUUUCAAACAAGAUCUCUAGACCGUAAUCAAUCACCAAUCAAUCAGCAAUAAAGUACCACAAUAAUCGAAUAGUAAA